UUCCUGGUAUUUGGUCUCUUACAGGAAAAAGAAAACAUUUAUUGUAAUUGUAGUCACUUGAUCUGACAAUAAGUAACCAUUUGGCUGAACAGAUCAGGCUGUAAAAGAGUUUACAACCCUUUCUUCAGCAAAGCCCUUUGCUCGAUCAGGUACAGCAGCAGCCAAUGUGGUGAAGCAAACUCAACUUUCUUAAAGGGUGGUUUGUAAGGGCACUUCCCUUCUGUAAACUUAGGGAGCUUCAGUAACAAAACAUCUUAGCCCAAGCAACAAAGCAGCAAGAAAGAGGGUGCCUGAAAACCUUGAACCAGCUGCUGUUGGAAACUGGAUGCUGGGCUAAAUGAACUUUUGCUCAGUUUGAGCUACUGCAUUCUUAAGGAAUUUCAGGAAUUUCUCCAUUUUCUUUGAAGGGAAAACAUCAAGUACAAUCUAGUUUACAGCAAAACAUUAGUCAUUUCAGGAGUCACAAAGGAGAAACCCCAAAAUGAACUAUAUUAUGCAAAUUGUGGAUGCAGUUGAGGGCAUAAAGGAUGAUGUCUGUCACGUAUUUCAGAAUAAGGAUGAUCCAAAACCUGGGGACAUGAUUCAGUUUCAGAUGCCAGGAUUCCAGCACUGGGGCAUCUAUGUAGGAAAUGGGGAUGUGGUCCAUUUCACAUCAUCAGCUGUUACCCUUAAGUCGGUGAAGUUCAAAGUCCGAAAAGAAAAAGUGAAGGAUGUACAAUCGGUACUGACUUUUGCCGUAUACAAUAAGUUCGAUAAGGAUUAUCCUCCACUGCCUGCAGAUCAAGUGGUAAGAAGGGCAAUGCACAUGGUGGACAAGGUUAUGAAGUAUGAUCCUAGGACAGCUAACUGUGAGCACUUUGCCACAUUGAUGCGGUACAACGUUGCCAUAUCAGGGCAGGCGGAGAGAUUUAUGUUUAAUGUGGAUAAAGAUUUUGUGAAGGAAGUCCAAGGUUGGCUACGUGAGAUUGGUGAAUAGGCAAAUGGAACUUCCGGCAGCCUACUUAAAUGCUGAAGAAUUCGCAACAUUUCCUUCCCUGAAAAUCAGUAACACUAAUCAGUUACUGGCACAACUAUGGCACAACAAAAUAUGCAUGUAUAUAAGGCAUAGGCAAAGCAUUUUUGGUUUGUGCAUUUUAUGUAUUCAUGGAAGCUUUCAUAGCAUAACCAGGUUACCUGAAAGGAUGCUUAUUUCCACACCAAGCAACCCCAAAUGAAGCAACAGGGGUUCUCUUUCAGGUACCACAAUAUCUAGGUGGUGAUGGCAGAGUGGUGCCCCCUUGAGUUCCCUUCCCAGUGAGGCCUGUCUGGUGCUUAUUUUUGCUCUUCAGUAGCAUACCUUUUAAAGCUAUUUGUUUUAGGAUGCAAUGUUACAGCCUUGCAGCUCUGACAGGGAGCAGGACCCACAGAGUGUUUUUUAAAUAUUAUUUUUAUUAUUUUCUUGACACAAAAAGAAUAUAGAAAAAAGAAUGGUAUGUAUCUGUAUCUGUAUGUACAUUAAAGGGAUUUUGAACAAGUAUAACCAAUACAUUCAAGCCCACAAAUUUCAAAGAGACAGAAAAUAUCUAUCAUUCAUUUAGUACUCUAUGGAAGUUUAGAAAAAGGGGAAUUAUUAUUCUGUAUAUGGACAAAUUUUCCAAUGGCUUCAAAUCAAUUAUAAAUCAUUACCUACUUUUUAUAGAGCUUCCUUUUACAUCCUAUUAAUUCUACUGGGUAUAAUAGAAUUUCCUUUUCUCAUUAAAUUCUUCAAUCAGUUUUCUAUUUACACAAUUAGUUAAUUUUGUCAUCACUGUGUACUCUGCCAACUUAUUUUUCCAAUCUUCAAUUGUUGGGGAUUCUGGUGUUUUCUAUUUAGAGGCAAUUGUAAUUCCUGCGGCAGUUGUCAUAUAUUUAAAUUCCUCUGAUGUAUUCUUUGAGAAAAUCUCAAAUUUCUUGGAUAAAAUCUUGCCAUACUGAGAUGUUUGUAGUGGACAGGUUAGAAAAGCUUUUAAUAAAUAAAAUAUUUGGCAUUAUUAAAGCAUAUUCUUAGGACUCAUAGGAAACUCAGUUUUAAAGAGGGUUUUUUUUUUUAUUUCUACAUGUAUCAAUUUCCAAAAUCUUUUAACUGUUUCACUAGUCCACUACAUAUGGUAGAAGUUCUAUCCACAUUUCCAUUAUUUUCCAUUGUAGUUCUUAUCUAUUCUAUGUAUUCUGGAGUAACAUACCACCAGUAAAGCAUCUUAUACCAAGUUUA